UGUGCUUUGUUUGCGCCAAGCUAAAAGUUGAUUUCAUUUUUAAAAUGUCUGUGAAGGGAACAACAUUAAAUUUUCUGUUCUUGAUUGGAUACGUUUUGGCUAUAGACGAUCCGUGUGCAGCAGGCCAUUAUCGCGAAUUUCCAUCCCAAAAUAUUGGUGCAAGACAGGAAGGCUGUUUGUCUAGUGUGUUUGAGGAAUGUGACUUUUACUUCAACGACACGCUGUGGUAUACAUCGUUCUUCGGCAAACUGCUGACACAUUGUCCACGCGACAGAAGUUGUGGCAGUCCGUUACCUGUGUGGAUUGACGGUCCUUACCCAAACGAAAAUGAUGGUUUGGUCAACCGAACAGUUUGCAUCAAAAAGGAGUCACUGUGUUGCAGUACCAUUCUGACAAUGGAGAUCAAGAACUGCUCCACAUUUGCCGUGUUCCGGUUACCGAAUGUGCCUUCAUGUCCUUCCGCAUAUUGCUUUGAAUCCAAUCUCCCUUGUGAGACCACGUCCACAUCUACCACAACAACUACCUCGACGCCUGUGACACAUAGAACGACAGAGCCUCAUAUACCUUCUAGUGAAUACCGGCCAACAACAAAGCCGAAAGAAUACAUUAAUGAACGCCCAGACUUGUUAAUCGGGAUGCUGAUUGGAGGCUUCGUGGUGUUGGUUUCCAUUGCUACCUGUGUUAUUCUGUACGCAAAGUUUUGGAGGAAACCUCAAAGAAUCAGCACAGAUCAGUACCCGGUGGUUAUCACCAAUAGCGCCUUGCCAUACAAACAGCCAUAAGAAGACAAAGCUUAUUUAUAUGUAGUUUCCAUUUUUGUAAUAGAGAGUUUGAACAUUAACUUACUAAAUGUUUACUAACAUGGCCCUUUUUGAUAAAAAUUCUUGACGGCUGCGUCUAUGCUUUAAACGUGUUUACUAUAUGACAUUUUAAAUAUAUUUUUUAAAGAACACACGUGUGUGUGAUUUAAUUAGAAGUAUAUUUAAAAGGCGGUUGUUACGACGUACUAUACAAAUUUUCAUCUCAGUUAUGACAAAUUAAUUGUAUGCAUUCAUUUAUUACUCAAAUGUAAUAAUUAGUUAUGUGUAUCAAGUAUAUACUGACGAAAGCAGCAUUUAACAAUUAGCGAUUUACCAUUCAAGUCAUUUGGAAC